GUCGCUUUUCUGUUUUACCGGUGUAUGCGCCUCUCGUCUCGUCUGGACAUGCACUAUUUUGACUAUUGACGUUGUCCAAUUUUCCAUCACAUUUGAAAACUUCCUGCUCACCGGCUCCCUUCCAUUAUCAUUCUACCCGUCCGCGCAAUUCCCCAGAACUUUCACCUCGCGACUCACAAUGGCAACCAACUCAAUCAAGCUUCUGACUGGUAACAGUCACCCCGAGCUUGCAAAUCUCGUGGCCGCUCGGCUUGGCAUUGAACUGACCAAGAUCAUGGUCCUACAAUACUCCAACCAGGAAACCAGCGUCACGAUCGGUGAAAGUGUACGAGAUGAGGAUGUCUUCAUUCUCCAGUCGACGCGCCCGAACGAUAUCAACGACGGCCUGAUGGAAUUGCUUAUCAUGAUCAACGCUUGCAAAACCGCCUCCGCCAGACGUAUCACAGCCGUCAUCCCUAACUUUCCCUAUGCGCGUCAAGAUAAGAAAGAUAAGAGCCGUGCGCCGAUCACCGCGAAGCUCAUGGCCAACAUGCUUCAGACUGCCGGAUGCAACCAUGUCAUCACCAUGGACUUGCAUGCCAGUCAGAUCCAGGGCUUCUUUAACGUCCCCGUCGACAACCUGUAUGCCGAGCCUAGCAUGUUGAAGUGGAUUCGGGAACAUCUGGAUGUGACCAACUGCGUCAUCGUUAGUCCUGAUGCCGGUGGUGCCAAGCGUGCCACUGCCAUCGCCGACCGCCUUGAUCUGCAAUUCGCCCUGAUCCACAAGGAGCGUCCCCGCCCUAACGAGGUCUCGCGCAUGGUCCUCGUCGGCAACGUGAAGGACAAGAUUGCUAUUAUUGUUGACGAUAUGGCCGAUACCUGCGGUACCCUCGUCAAGGCUGCCGACACCGUCAUGCAGCACGGUGCCAAGGAGGUGAACGCCAUUGUUGUCCAUGGUAUCCUCUCCGGCAAGGCCACCGAAAACAUCAACAACAGCUGCCUCAGCCGUGUCGUUGUGACCAACACCGUCCCUCACGCCGAGAAGAAGGAACAGUGCGAUAAGAUCGAGACCAUCGAUAUCAGCCCUACCCUCGCCGAAGCCUGCAGACGUACCCACAACGGUGAAUCCGUCAGCUUCUUGUUCUCCCACGCCGUCGCUUAAAUGCAUCCAUGGUUUUCGACAGUACGAGGGUGGAGGUCGCACGGUGCUGCGUUGGUGAUUUACCCUCCAUGCUGAGUAUGAUCAGGCUCUUUCAUGAAUAUUGAAGGACGCUGGAAUGUUUUAACUUAUGAAACUAUGGGCUCGAACGGGAUGCAAUAGUCCCUCCUUGCGGCUUCGCUUUUUCUUCUUUUUUCCCUUCCUAAAACGCAGCAUCUCUAGAUUAUGAGGAUUGCAUGAAACACAUGAGGCAGUGAGCAUUGGACGCGAUGGAUGGAAAUGGGUUGAGAGAGACGAGUGGAAAAAGUCAAGGCUGUCUUUUUCUUUCUUUGCCUGUUUUGGCUUUAUCAACUCCAAUUAAAGCAUAUGUACAUAUAUUUAUAACCCCCUUGGAGUUUUGCACUAUUACGGUCUUAGUUUGAACUUCGACCACCAAGUACCCUUUUAUGAGCGGAAUGAAAUAUGAAAUGGAUACGAU